AUGUCAUCAAUCACCCUAGGCCGCUACUUGUUCGAGAGGCUAAGACAAGUGGAAUGUUUCACUAUUUUUGGCUUGCCCGGAGACUUCAACCUGAGGCUGCUGGACGAGAUCUACGAGGUCGAGGGCAUGCGCUGGGCCGGCAACACAAACGAACUGAACGCCGCGUACGCGGCUGACGGAUACGCACGGCUCAAGGGCAUUGCAUGUCUAAUUACCACGUUUGGGGUCGGCGAACUAUCGGCACUCAAUGGUGUCGUGGGCUCAUACGCUGAGCACGUAGGCGUGCUGCACGUUGUGGGCGUUCCCUCGCUCGCAUCGCAGGCCAAGCAGCAGCUGCUACACCACACACUCGGCGAUGGCGACUUCGCGGUCUUCCACCGCAUGUCGGCCAACAUUUCGCAGACCACCGCCAUGGUCACGGACCUGGCCACCGCGCCGCAGGAGAUCGACCGCUGCAUCCGAACCACCUACGUGACGCAGCGCCCCGUAUACCUGGGGCUGCCGGCAAACAUAGUCAACCAGAUGGUUGAUCGCCGCCUACUCGACACGCCCAUUGACCUCUCGCUCGAGCCCAACGACGAGGACACCGAGGAGGAGGUGCUCACUCAGGUGCUCGCCCUUGUCCAGAAGGCGCAGAACCCCAUCAUCCUCGCGGACGCGUGCUGCUCGCGCCACGACGCCAAGAAAGAGGCCUGGCAGCUCACCGACGCUACGCAGUUCCCCUGCUUCGUCACGCCCAUGGGCAAGGGCUCCGUUCCCGAGAAACACCCACGCUUCGGUGGCGUCUAUGUCGGUACACUGUCUUCGCCCGACGUCAAGAGCGCCGUGGAGGCUGCAGAUCUCAUCCUCUCGCUGGGUGCCCUGCUCUCGGACUUUAACACGGGCUCCUUCUCCUACUCCUACGGCACCCGCAACGUCGUCGAGUUUCACUCCGACCAUACCAAGGUCCGUAACGCCAUCUUCCCGCGCGUGGGCAUGAAGUUUGUGCUGCAGAAGCUGAUUCAGCGUAUCCCUGCCGCUAUCCAGCACUACAGCCCACGGCCCGUGCCCACGAGGCCCGCCCGGAACGCGCCCACGCCUCGCGACACCCCGCUGACCCAGGAGUGGCUCUGGACCCAGAUCGGCGAGUUUCUGCGUGAGGGCGACGUUGUCGUCACCGAGACUGGCACCUCUGCCUUCGGCAUCAACCAGACUCGCUUCCCCAACAACACCUACGGCAUAUCCCAGGUCCUGUGGGGGUCCAUCGGCUUCACCACAGGCGCCACCCUGGGCGCCGCCAUGGCCGCAGAGGAGCUCGACAAAAACAAGCGCGUCAUUCUCUUUAUCGGCGACGGCUCCCUACAGCUCACCGUCCAGGAGAUUUCCUCCAUGGUCCGGUGGGGUCUACGUCCUUACCUCUUUGUGCCCAACAACGACGGCUACACUAUCGAGAAGCUGAUCCACGGGCCCACGGCCCAGUACAACGAGAUCCAGAACUGGCAUCAUCUCCGGCUACUUCCCACCUUUGGCGCCACAGAUUACGAGGCCGUGCGUGUGGCUACCACGGGAGAGUGGGACGCGCUCACGAACGAUCCGGCCUUCAACCGCAACUCUCGCAUCCGCCUGGUGGAGGUCAUGCUCGAGGUCAUGGAUGCGCCCUCCUCGCUGGUCCGCCAAGCCCAGCUCACCGCCGCGACGAACGCCCAGAACUAG